UGCCACAUAGAUCGACUAACGAAUAAUCCUACUAUUUAAUAUUCUUAAUCGACUAACGAAUAAUUGACGGUGGUGGCACGGUUAGGAACUGCCACAUAGAUCGGGUAAUACUAUAGUAAAAUUGAUAGUUCAUGAAUGUUAUUUGAGAUGCAAAAGGAUGCUUGACUAACAUAUUUGUUUUAUUCUAAAAUGUCUAACUGGAUAUAUCAUUUUAAGAGUGUAAUUAAUUUGCUUUUUAUUUAAUUUUUUUGUUAUUUAAAUUAUAACAAAUGAAAUAUAAUUAACUAAAAAGGUAAUAAGGGUUCUGUAGGCAGAUCUGAGCUGUUUGGACUGUAGACCUUUAUCUUAAUUCUUGAAUGAAAAGUCCUCAGAUUCCCAUAAAAAAAGUAAUAAGGGAGUGGUUCCCGUUUAAAGGUAAUAUUUUCUUUAUACAUGAGUUAUAUAUUUGGGAAAUUGGGAUGACAAUUCAAAUUUCCAGCUCCUUUCAGUAAUUUGUUUCGGUGCGUUCCAAUGCCUAGCUGGGAAAAAGUUGUUUAUAUUUAAUAGUCUUCUAAUACAUUUCGUCUAUAUUUAAUAGAGUUUAGUUUAUAGCAAAAGACAGGCGGGGCAAAAGGACCGGCAGGUCCUUCCGAACUAUGCGCACAUCACUGGAAAAAUAGGAUGGGGUGGGUUGUGCGGGAGAAUCUCCUUAUAUAUUUGGUAGGAGGUAGGAUUUAAUUGGAGUAAAAAGAUUUUGGAUCAGAACUUAAGCUAAGCGUUUAACUCAUUUAAUGAGCGCAAUCGUUUUUUAACGACAUAGGGUCGUGCGAUAUACCGUCUAUUCAUUAGUUACAGCUUGCUGGUCACCUCCCUAGCCGCCCCUGAAUACGCGUACUCUGCAAAACAGAGCCAAUUUGGUUGUCGCUAUCUUGAAUGAGGGAGAUUUGCUCGCCGAAGAGAGAAAUAUAUGGGAGCUCUCGAGUUUGCUGGUGAGUGGUGUCACGACCUUACACUCAACCGUGCGGCCUUAGCUCUCAAUUCCCGUUAGAGUUGCUAUGCAGACUUCUCACAAGCUCUCAAACUCACUCAACUCACAAGAAGAAGACACAAGAAGAUGGGAGAAACUCUCUAGCUGUAUUGCUUACAAAAAUGAUGGACGAUUACAAAUGAGGAGGAGGUGCUCCUUAUAUAGACCCUCCUCUCUUACAAAGUGUAAGUACCUCUCAUAAUGCUCUCCCCAUAAUGUGGCUCUCUAUGUGCACCAUUAAACUUACCUAUAAGAUGGGGAAUCCUAGGAGCAUCGUAUGUUACUAAGUCUUCCAUAAUGUCACAUGUGCUUGACCUGGUCAUGACCCGCCACAUCACUCGCUAUGUCACCCGCAGUGCGUGACAUUCUCUCCCACCUAUAAUCGCGAAGCCCUCGUCGCAUCCUUGCUACAGAAUACAUCCAUCGACCUCGAGCAGCCCCUCUAGAGUCUAGAUUCUUGAACCUCGUUGGUGACAGUGGAGAGGGAUGUCCGGUUAGAUCAUCUCUAACAAGGUUCCAAUCCCAACCCAAUCGAGUUCAUUCAAUUUUCAACUGAAUGUAAAAAAAAAAAACAUAUAAUAACUAAUAUAUAAUACAAGGUAUACCGUCUCCAGUCCACGCUCUCAUUUCUCGCAUUCGUCUCGGAUUGUCUUCUUCUUCCUUCUCCAAGAAGUAUUCAUCGCAGCUUGCUUCCUUUCUUAUUGACCAACGCCGUUGUGAGUACUCUGGCCCUCUUUUAGAUUGAUUCAUUGCUUCUUCUGGUUGCCGCUUUGGUCUUCUGUCUACUGUUUAAAGUUCAGCCGGAGGAGUCAUUCUAAGGUUUCAUUUCAUGACCUGUAGAUGAUAUAGGCUGUAGCUAUUAAGUGAAUUAGUAUGGCUGGGUAUGAGAAUUUCACUAUGUAAUUGGUAUUCUGAAAUGGAUGAGUGAGUUCAAGGGGAAAGUUGUUGUGAUUAUAGCUGUUUGGUUUUAGGGUUUGUUCUGGUGACAGUUAAAGGACGAUUCUUUCAAAGACUUUGGAAGGAAACCAGCAGAUGAUGGGGAGUUGGAAUUUGAGAUGAAAAGGCAAGUAGGGUUUUCGAGGGAGCUUGAUCGAGUGACUGGUGUUUCAGUGAUGUUUCCUUUUUGGGUUUGUUAAUUUUGUUUAUCAUCUGCUUGUGGUGGAAUUUUCAGAUUAUUGGGGGGUUAUUUGGAGAAUCAAUUCAGUCAGAUUAGGAUAACACCAUUGGUUGAUUAAUCAUCCCUUUCAGGUUCGUUUGAUGAGCAUUUGAAUUGAGUUUCCCGAGUUAGGAUUGGAUAUUAUCACAAUUUCAGGUAAGUAAUGGUUAUAGCAUGUGGCCCCAGAACUCCUGAGUUUUUGUGAUUUGAAGGUCUGAUCAUGUGAUGUGAUUGUUCGAGUUGGGUUGUUUGUAUCUAGAGAUGUUUCAAAUCGUUUGAUCUUCUUAAAUGAUUUGCGAUGAUUUGACAAAAUUGGUUUCAUCGGAUUGGGCUUAAGGCAUUUACCUGCUGUCUGUACUCUUUUACAGCUAGAGUUGGAGUCUAGUAUUCCCCUUAGAACGAACAGAGAGUACCAAUAAUGGAUCAGGAGGAGCCGCGGAUAAUCGUGAAAGUGAAGAACCAGGCAGGGAGCUCUAUGCUGUUCAGAAUUAGUCCAGCUACCCAGUUGCGGAAGCUGAUGCUUUCGUACUGUGAUUGGAACGAGCUGGUUGUAGAUGAUGUCCGUUUCUCGUGCAAUGGCCGCAAUUUGCAUCGUGAUGACACCCCUAAGCGGGUAAGGAUGGAGGAAGGAGAUGUUAUAGAUGCAGUCCCAAUAAUGGAUCAGGAGGAGCCGAAGAAGAUACGCGUCUUUGUGCGGGGCCUGGACGGCAAAACCUUCGCGUUCAGAAUUGAUCAAGCUACCCCGUUGGUGAAGCUGAUGCAAUCCUACUGUGAUCCGUUGGGGAUGGUAGUCGACAAUGUUCGUUUCAUUUACAAGGGUCGCCAGUUUUGCGGCGAUGCUACCCCUCAGCAGAUGGAUAUGAAGGAUGACGAUGUGAUACAUGCCGUCGAGCGCAUGAGAGGAUCUUAGCUGGCUGAUGGUAUAUAUGGGUAGAUUUGGAUUGCAGUACAGGGCAACGUACCAGCUGGUUUUGCAUGCGCUGAGAUUUACAAGUUCAGCGUACCAAACUCAAGACUAACUACUAUCCUAUUCUUAGUGUGGGUUGUUUAUUGUUCGAGCUGUUUAUCUUGUGUUAUAUCCGUGUGGACUAUCUAUUCGACGUCUGUCGCUUCCACUUUCUCUGUCUGCAUUUGCGGAUUUUGAUUGGGCGAGUAAUCCUGAUGAUCGUACCUUCAUAUCCGCAUAUCUUAUCUAUCUCGGAUCAAAUCUCAUAUCUUGGCGGUCACAAAAACAAAGUAUUGUUGCUCGUUCUAAUAUCGUGGUACUCUUACGUAACAAUUGUAAUAUGAAAUUAUUUAAUGAUCAAGGGUUGUUUUGUAAUAUGAAAUUAUUUAAUGAUCAAGGGUUGUGUUGUAAAAUAUAAAGAGAAACUAUUAUGGAAAAAUUAGAAUCGUGAAAAUGUUUGGUUAACUUAGGUCAAUUUGGUUAACUCAAAUUUGCGUUGAAUAUAUACAGAAGAAGUGUCAUGUAAAUAUUGAAGAAAAAUGGAUCGAUUUGACAUUUGAACUGGACCAAAUACCAUCGAAUGCAAUGAGGAAGAUUCGAUUCUUGGUCCUAAGAUGUCUAUCCCUAAUGGACUAAUGAGUUUGGACAGGUCUGAACCAAACUAAACCGAACUAUUGCACACCCCUACCUGAUUCGGGUUUACCGUUUGACUUCGAGAGCAAGUUUGUUAAAGUUCGUCUAGUCAUAUUGAGAUCACCAUAUCAACAAACCAACACUCGGGUGGGAGAUAUGAGCUAGUUAUAUGUCUUGGUCAAAGGUUGGGCUUCAAGCUUCGAGAUUACUCGAUAAAUAAUUAUUACAAUAAAUUACUAUUUAAUUAUUGUCUUAAUAAUUAUUUUAUUAAAUGAUAUUUUAUAAUAUUUAUGAUUAUUAUGUACAAUAGUUUUAUUUUAUUAUUUUGUGAUAUUUUUUUCAUAAAUUGAAAACAUCUAUUUUAUAAUAAUAACCUUUGUUGUAAGAACCGGGCCGAGAAAACCGCCAACCGCUAGCAUUAGCGGUCCAGCUUGUGUACUUAAGAGGCCAAUUUUGGACCGAGCGCUUUUUACCAGUGUUAUUAAAGCCGAACCGAGCCUGCCGAACCGACCAGUAAAAUUAUCACCCGGUCAUUAAAGCGGCUCGAAACAGUCUAAAAUCCACUUUGGUUUUAUGUAGUAGCUGGCAAGCGGCCGAGGCGGUUAACCGCUCGAGCCGCUCGUCCAGUUUUUGCCAAUAAGACAUUAAGUUUAAUUAAAAAAAUUUAAAAAAUAAAAAAUUGAUAAAAAUAAAAACGUCGGGCUCUCAAACUGAAACCUAAUUUCUAUUUCAACAUUUCGAAGUAAAGAGACGAACUCUGAUUAAGAAGGGUCAACUAUUUAUACUGAUGACAUUUAUUAGGUACCAGUUCUCUAACGGUUUUUAAACGGUCUAAUGGGGGUUAAACAAUUAAAGUACGAGCCGUCUACAUUACCGGGUCAUGCUCCGAUUAGGUUAUUACAACAUUGCUUUUUACCGACAUUACAAGGAAGCCGCAGAACCGAACGGUCUUAUUGGUCCAACGGCCUGCAACUUUAAGCAUUAAAAAUUAAGGAAAAAUAAAUAAAUUGAAUCGUAUAUUAGUUGAUGCCGACUGAAACAAACAACCCUAAUUAUUUUUGAAAAAUCUCAGAAUACACUAGUUAUUAGAAAAAUUCCCAAAAUACAGUAGUUACAUAAGUAUUUCCCAAAGUACAAUAGUUUGAUAAUCACGUUGUCGUCGAAGACAGUGAUGGAAAAUCACCGCAGUCGUCCAGAACAGUGAUACCAUCACCGCCGUAGAUCAAAACGGUGAUGGGUUCACCGCUGUAGAACAAAACGGUGAACAUAUC